CGUUAGUCUAUAACCGCUACUUACCAUUGCUACUUAUUUUAGCACUAUUAGCACGGGUAUACUAGCAACAUGGCGAGGAUUGCAUCUAACUCAUUAGCUCGUCUUCUACUAGCCGCCAAUGGCGCGCUUGCAGGUCUUACUGUAGAUGUUGAAGAUGCAGCUUCUGUCAAGGCUGCUGCGGCUCUCGUAGCGCAGGAUCUCAUGACUUUUUACCCCGGCAACAAUCCAGGACAACCUGUUGGAAUCUUCACACCCCCUCCUGACGGAGACUACUACUGGUGGACUGGUGGUGCUCUUUGGAGCUCCUUAUUGGAUUAUCGCAAUCGUUCGGGGGAAAAGAAGUACGACAAGGACAUCUCACAAGGCCUCAUAUGGCAGAUGGGCCCCAAUGAUGACUACAUGCCUACAAAUUGGACCGCGUCUAUGGGCAAUGAUGAUCAGGCCCUCUGGGCUCUUGCCGCCAUUGAGGCUGAGGAAGUCAGCUUGCAAGAACCGAGUCAGGGUAACCCGCAGUGGCUAGCAUUAGCUAAGAAUGUUUUUAACGACCUUCAUGCUGCCGAGCGAAGAGUAGACGACGGUGACUGCAAGGGGGCCCUGAGAUGGCAGAUAUCCCAGGCUAACCAAGGCUACAACUACAUUAGCUCUUCCGCCAACAUCUACUACUUUAACCUUGCUGCUCAACUGGCACAUUUAACAGGAAACAAGACCUACGAGGAUGCGGCCAGCGAUACUUUUAAGCUGCUCCAAAACAUCGGGUUCAUCAGCGAAAAAUAUGAUGUAUAUGACGGAGCACAAGCGAGCAAGUGCAAGGAUAUUAACAAGGCACAAUUUUCGUCCAACGCCGGGAUGCUCCUUCAGGGCUCCGCAUUCAUGUACAAUCAUACCAACGGGGCCGAUGACUGGAAACAGCGUAUCGACGGACUCGUCUCUCGGACCCUCGAGGUAUUCUUCCCUGACGGCGUUGCAUUCGAAGCUGCCUGCGAGAAGGCGUCCAUUUGCAACUCGGACCAGGUUUUCUACAAGUCCCUGCUUCACAGAGGCCUCGGCUCGACUAUCGAAAAGGCACCGUAUACCUCCGCUACGGUCCUCCCUAUCCUAAAGUCGAGCGCUAAGAGCGCCGCGUCGCAGUGCAACGGUGGUGACAACGGCCGUCUUUGCGGCUUCCACUGGAGCACCGGCAAGUUCGAUAACACGACGGGUGCAGGCCAGCAGAUGGGUGUGUUAAGCGCCUUAGUUAGCAUCUUGUCGGCCUAGGCCAGCACCUCAACUUCGACCCUCAGCGGCAUGGUGGUCGUGCUCUCGCAAAUUUUGGGAAGUCUUCUCAUCUUGUGAGCUUGAAUUUGUGCAGCAUAAAACCUUACGUUUACCAUUCUACUUAUACUCCAAAUAUUACA